AUGCAAGCAACCUUAGACGAGGUUGAGAAACAUGCCAAACGACGGAAGAAAGCCAUUCUUAAGAAAGAAGACACUGAAGAUACCUCUUCCAAACCUGCUAAGUCCAAGAAAAGGAAAGCUGACAAAGGUGAUUCCUCUGUUCCGAAGAAAUCUAUUGGAGAGAAAGAGGAAGAACAACAUGAAGGUUCUCCUAGGGGUAAUACACCUCCUCGGUCUCCAUCUCCGGUGGAAAAUGUCAAUGAUUCUGUUCCUACACCACCUCGAUCUCCACCAAAGACAACAGUUCAGGUUUCGGUUGCUCCUCCACCCCCAACUUCAUCACAACCUACUUCUACAGUUGCUCCACCACCACCUAUAUGCACAAUCCUAAUCUCUACUUCUCCUCUUCUACCGCCCAUUAUUUCCCAAACGACUGAAGCAACUAUCACCUCUAUACCCAUCAUUACCACCACAAUCGAUUCUUCAGUUAACGUCAACAUAUCUGAUGUGGGGGAAAAGACUAAAGACCUUCCUAAAGUCACACCUGAGCCUAUUUCCCCAACAGUUUCCAGUGACUCUGGUGUUGUUCUUGGAGGAGCUGAAUUCGAAUUUGAUUCCACUUACUAA